CGAUAACCUAUAAAAUGAUUAUAGAUAUGAAUUAUUUAUUGUUAUGCAAGAAAGUGUUGCGUUACCGUCCGGUUACGAUAAGUAGCGUAAACAAUUUUAAUUGUUAUCCUAACAAUAACCGCUGACAUCCUCAUUCAGUUAAAAACAUGACUACAGUGAGAAACUUUGUUUUGUUAUUGAAGGCACAGAAGUGUGAUGAAAACAAUGACAAAUAUGAUAGUAAAUUAAUGCAAGAAGGUUUUGUGGUGAAGCAAGUGAAGACUCUUGAGUUUGAGUAUAAGAACUUGGAUAAGUUGAGGAUCAGUUUGGAUGAACCAGAGAAGUUCAGUGGUAUCAUAUUUGCCAGUCCCAGAUGUGUGAUAGCCACAAAGCUGGCUUUAGAAGGUUCAAAAAUUAAUAAGAAAUGGACAUUGAAGGAUAAUUUUGUUGUUGGUGAAACUACAGCAGAGAAAGCUGCACAAGAUUUGGACUUGGAUUGCUCAGGGAAGGAAACAGGGAAUGCAAACAAUCUUGCUGACAUCUUGUUGCAAGAUAAAGAUAAAUAUGAUAAACCAUUUUUGUUUCCUCAUGGUAAUUUGAAAACUGAUAUACUGAAGAAUCGAAUUCAGAGUGAACUUUCUCUGCACGAAAUUUGCAUGUAUGACACCAUACCUAAUCCUAAGGUAGAAGAGGAAUUGAAGAGUGUCACCAAUUGUUACACUUCCAUCCCUGAGUAUGUGGUGUUCUUCAGUCCUUCUGGAGUAAACUCAACUUUGAGUUAUUUAAAGGAGAUGAAUAUCAAUUUGAUGAAGCUGGUUGCAAUUGGUCCCACAACAGAGGCGGCUAUGGAACAAUUGGGUUUGAACAUCUAUGGUACUGCCCACCGACCGACACCCGAUGAUCUUUUGGACGUGAUUAGGGGGAAAAUAAAGGAAUCCGUUUAAAAUACCCUCAUUGUUUUUUCUUUUAUAAAAAAAAAAUCUAAAUAUGUAUAUAUAAAAUAAUUACAUCUUUACAAUUUUCCUCCACUCGCUUUUCUUUUUCUUUUUUUU